GCUGCAUAUUCCCAGUGUUUCGAUUCUUCUUCCCAAAACAAAACCAAACCUAAUCUAAUCGAUCUCCUCUCUCUCGAACAUUCUCAGAAAAAGACGAGAAGAACACAAGACCUUCUCUUCCUCCUCCUUUCCUUACGUAGGUAGGAAGACAACAAUGUCUGUUCUUAUUGUGACAAGUCUUGGGGACAUUGUCAUCGAUUUGCACUCCACUAAAUGCCCUUUGACUUGCAAGAACUUCCUCAAGCUCUGCAAGAUCAAGUACUACAAUGGGUGCCUCUUCCACACUGUUCAAAAGGAUUUCACUGCCCAAACUGGUGAUCCUACUGGUACUGGACUUGGCGGUGAUUCCAUCUACAAAUUUCUGUAUGGUGAGCAGGCUCGCUUUUUCCGAGAUGAGAUUCAUCUUGAUUUAAAACACUCCAAAACUGGCACUGUUUCUAUGGCUAGUGCUGGAGAAAAUCUCAAUGCUUCCCAGUUUUAUUUCACACUUCGUGAUGAUCUAGACUAUCUUGAUGGGAAACACACUGUGUUUGGGGAGAUUGCCGAGGGGCUUGACACGUUGACUAGGAUAAACGAAGCUUAUGUUGAUGCCAAAAACAGACCUUAUAAAAACAUUAGAAUCAAGCACACAUAUAUACUUGAAGAUCCCUUUGAAGAUCCCACCCAAUUGGCUGACAUGAUACCAGAUGCUUCCCCGGAAGGAAACCCCAAGGAAGAGGUCGAAGUUGACGUGCGUCUUGAAGAUGAUUGGGUUCCAUUGGAUGAACAACUUGGUGCUGAUGAACUGGAGGAGAUUAUCCGUGCGAAAGCUGCCCAUUCUAGUGCUGUUGUACUUGAAAGUAUAGGAGAUAUCCCAGAGGCCGAGGUCAAGCCUCCUGAAAAUGUGCUGUUUGUCUGCAAACUGAAUCCUGUGACUGAGGACGAGGAUCUGCAUACUAUUUUCUCACGCUUUGGAACUGUCAUAUCGGCUGAUGUAAUCCGGGACUUCAAAACAGGUGACAGUUUGUGCUACGCUUUUAUAGAGUUUGAGGAGAAGGCGGCAUGCGAACAAGCAUAUAAUAAGAUGGACAAUGCUCUGAUAGAUGAUAGAAGAAUACAUGUGGACUUCAGUCAGAGUGUGUCCAAACUUUGGUCACAGUUCCGGCAGAAAGACUCACAAAAGGGUAAAGGGAAUGGAUGUUUCAAAUGUGGGUCGACGGAUCAUGUAGCCAAGGACUGUGUGGGUGGUGGUAAUCAGGCUUCAAAGUUCAUCGUAAAAGAUCAAAACAGACAGCACGGAGGAGGUGAAGGCUAUGAUAUGGUGUUUGAGGGAGAUAUAGCUGAAAGGCCCAAGAGGGAGAAGAGUCAUGACAAGGACAAGAUUCGAAGGAGAAGUCCUGGUGGCUAUGGUGAAGGCAAAAAACAAGACAGAGAUGAAGGGAGAAGUCCUGGUGGCUAUGAUGAAGGCAAAAGACGAGACAAAGAUGAAGGGAGAAGUGGUCGUGUCUAUGGUGAAGGCAAAAGAAGAGAUAGAGAUGAAGGUGACACGGAGGACAAGGCAGCUAGUAAGUACGAUGGUAGAAGAGAUCAUAGGGAAGAUGUGAGAGAGAGGGACAGAAGGUAUGAUGAUGGUGUGAGUAGGGAGAAGAAACACAGGGAAAGAAAUGAAAGAGAGAGUAGGGAAGAUGAAGAGAGAAGAAGAAGGAGACGCCAUGAAGAGAUGAGAGACGAUCGUUGGAGUGACAAGGGGAGGAGAAGAGAGAGAAGGGAUAGGUGAAAGGCAAUGGGGCAUCUUCUCAUAAGCUAGCUUUGAAUUCCAUUGAAGUGAAUGCUUUACAAAACUUUUGGCAGACAUGUUUGGAUCUUUCUUUCCUUUUUCUGAUUGCUCUCGACUGUUUUGAGCAAUUCGAACAUACGCUUAAGAGACUACUAUAGACUCUGCAUUACAUUCUCAGUCCUCACGAAUGGGUUGCAUAUAGACAAAAAUCUCAAUA